AUGUCCCGCGACGACGCGCGCGCGCGCGAUCUCGGAUGGCGCGCCGGGUCCUCGGCGAUGCCCGCGAGGGCGCGAGCGAUCGAGAACGUGAACGAUGCGUCGAUGAUUCGUCUUCGGUCCACCAUGCUGUCCGAACGCGCGCGCGCGCGCGCGAGCGGCGGGCGACGGAGCGCGAACGCGGACGCGUCGAUCGGGUCUCGAGCGGUGGGGGCGCUGCGGGUGCGAGAAAACGCGCGAGGAGGGGUUGGAAGACGCGCGGACGACGGCGGACGGAACGCGGGCGUGGACGCGAGAGCCGCCGCGGAUCGCGAGGCGCGGGUCGCUGGGCCGUCGCAGACGUCGAGAGGCGUGCGAGAGGCGUUGGAGCGCAAGGCGGAGGCGUACGAGCGAUUGGUGAGGGGAGAGGACGAUGAUUUCGAGGCGAGGGAGGAUGAGCGCGUGGUGGAUUUCGCCGCCAAGGCGGACGCGCGACGGCGCGAGCACGAUGAUCACGACGGGAUGCGUCCAGGAAUGGGAAUGAUGAGCGAUGACAUGCGCCGCGAACUUGAGCGUCGCGAGUGGGAGCGUGCAGUGGACGAGGAGGAGCGCGAGAAGGAACGCGCUGCCAACGCGCGUAGAGUCGUCUUUGACAUCGAGCGAGAGACCGAACGCGAGCGAGACGCCAGGGAUGACGCCAAGCGCCAAAGAGAGGAUGACGACGCCGCUCGUCGAGAACGUCUCAAGGCAAAGUUUCUGCGCGACUUGAAGUCCGGCCGUCGUAAACUCGCAAAGUAG